AUGCGUUCUAUUAUUUCGUUCGAACUUGAUGAAGAUUGCGUUCUACCAAGAUUAGUCAGCGAUGACGAUUUGUUCUUUCCUCAAUCACCUCAUCUUACUCAUAUUCGUGUCACAUUACGUUAUUUCGAUGAUUGUAUUCAUUUACUCAAUCAGUUAGGCUCACAAUUGUACUCGUUCACUGUGAGUCUUGUCUAUAGCAGUAUACGAGAAAGCAAUAUGAUAUCACGAAUGACAUCGAUAUCCUGUCCUUAUUUGAAAGAAUUAACAAUAACAAGUUAUCGUAAUAUUCCUCAAUAUGAACAAUGUAUUGUUCCUCUUUUACAACGUUUGUCAACUAUUGAAUUUUUGACAUUAUUAUUGGCUAUUGGUGUAGAUACAUCAGCGUCGCAUCACUUUAUUGAUGGACUCGAUUUACAAAGAGAUAUUAUUUCUCAUAUGCCUCAUUUACGUCAAUUUGAUUUUCAUAUUCGUUCAAUAGUGCCACGCGCUCCUCAUAUAGAUAUCGAUACAAUUCGUCAAAGUUUUGUCCAACGAGAACAAUCUGUUGAUUGUAUACUUGAUUAUUUUAAUAAUGAUUGUGGUCAAUGUCAAAUUUUCUCACUUCCAUUUAUUGGUACUCGUCUUGAUUUUAUCUCAAAUCGUUUUCCACUUUUCGACGAUAAUCGAAAUACAUUUUUAAAUGUUACUACGUUACUACUGUUCGAUGAUAUUAAACCUUUUGAAAAUAGUUUUUUUGGACUUGUUUCUCGAGCUUUACCUCAUCUUAAAUCACUCGAAGUAUUUAAUCAACUUGAACAACAAGAGAAAACAACGAUAACAACAAAUUUGAUUGAAUUUCCUCAUUUGGCUACACUUAUCUUGUACGAUAUACAUAUAGAUUAUGCUGAACAACUUCUUUGUCGAACUCGUCUUCCAUGUUUAGUAGAACUCCUCAUUCACUAUGAACCACUCUCAACAAUAGUCACUCAAUAUCAAGAAGAAGCUAGAAAUAAUUGUUCAAAAAUCGAAUUGAUUCGAUUUGUUGAUUCGUCUACUAAUCCAACGGAUACUCUUCUAAAUUUUUUUCCAAAUUUGCACUGUAAAAUUAGUAAAAAAGCUUGA